AUGUUCACGGAAUCAUAUAGUCUUACGGCCACAGAGGUAAUCGCCAAGAUCCGAGAUGGCGAACUCACUGUGGAACAAUACGCAACGUCACUGCUAACGCGCAUCCAAGAGCGUGAUCCGAUGGUUAAGGCAUGGGUUUACAUCAAUCCUGAGCAGGUUCUUGCGGAGGCGAGGAGGUUGGAUUCGGUUCCGAUGGAGGAGAGGGGGCCUUUGCAUGGUGUUGCUGUUGCUGUGAAGGAUGUCAUCUACACGAAGGAUAUGCCGACGCAAUACAACUCCCCAUUGUAUCAAGGCGACGCCCCCCAAGUCGACGCAGCAAGCAUAAUCAUCCUCCGCAAAGCAGGCGCUCUAAUCCUCGGCAAAACAACAACCACCGAAUUCGCAGCAACAACCCAAGGACCACCCACAACAAACCCCCACGACAGCUCUCGUACACCCGGCGGCUCAUCUUCUGGAUCUGGCGCUGUGGUAGGAGACUUCCAAGCACCCAUCGCCCUCGGCACACAAACUGGAGGAAGUACAAUUCGUCCAGCCUCUUUCAACGGUAUUUACGGCUUUAAACCAACCUGGAAUUCAAUUUCCCGAGAAGGACAGAAGGUAUUUUCUCUUAUUAAUGAUACGAUUGGUUUUUAUGCAAGAAGUGUGGAGGAUUUGGAUUUACUCGCCGACGUUUUUGCGCUGGAAGACGAUCAGCCGCCGAAUCCCAACUUCAGACUUCAAGGAGCCAAAAUUGCUAUUAGCAAGACUAUGGUUUGGCCGCAAGCUGGAUACGGUCUUGUAGACGCUAUGAUCCGGGCCAUCGAACUCCUCCGUGCAGAGGGUGCUACGGUGGAUGAAAUUGAGUUUCCGGAUUCUUUGCAGGAGCUGCCGAAUUGGUAUAACAUUAUCUUCAAUUCUGAUGGUCGAACAGCAUUUCUGCCAGAAUACAGAGUCGACAAAACGCGUAUCGCAGAUCAGCUCGUCGGACAUGUUGAGAAUAGGAUGAAAAUCACUCGUGCGGCACAGGUCAAGGCUUUUGAUGACAUCGCAGCUGCAAGACCGGUGGUAGAUGGUAUGCUUUCGCAAUACGACGCUGUAUUGACGCCGAGUGUACCCGAUGAAGCACCCGAGGGUAUUGAGAGUACAGGAAGUGCGGCAUUCUGCCAGAUAUGGACGGUUCUACAUGUUCCGGUUCUUAACAUCCCAGGAUUCGUUGGGUUUAACGGCAUGCCCAUCGGCCUGUCACUUGUUGCGCCGAGAUACCACGACAGAAAACUCCUUUCGGUUGGACGACAAGUGGGGAGGCUUUUUGAAGAGUCAGGAGGAUGGAGAUGA